AUGGUUCCACCGGCGGCCGCCCAGGGAGAGCGCCGCGCCGCGGUGACCACGGAGGAGGAGCGGCGGCGCAACCGCAUGACCUCCAACCGGCUGUCGGCGCGCAAGUCCCGCAUGAAGCGGCAGCAGUACGUCGACGACCUGACCGCGGAGAACGAGCGCCUGCGGCGCGAGAACGAGGCGAUGCGCGCCAGCGUCGGCGACGUCCUGCAGCAGAGCCUUGCGCUGGAGCAGGAGAACCGGGUGCUCGCCGCGCACGCGCGCCAGCUGUGCGCCGCGCUCCUGCUGCGGAACUCCCAGCUCCGCCUGCUCGGCGACGUGGCCGGCGUACCGCUCGACGUGCCGGGCGUGCCCGACCACCUCGUGCAGCUGUACGGCGGCGUGCAGAUGCCAGUCACGCCGCUCUCGCUGUCAGUCACGCCGCUCUCACCGUCGCUGUCGCCGUCGCCGCCGUCGCCACCGCCCCUGCAACGGCAGUUGCCGCUCGAGAUCCAGCUGAUGCUGCUCCAGCCCGACGUCAUGGACGCCGUCGGUACGCUCGAGUUCUGA